CCAUUACCACUCUGACCGCUGCCAAUGGGCUCGACGAAAACAACAACGCCGUCACCCCCACAUUUACUUAAGCCCUUAAUAACCAUAGACGCCUCCAUUUCACUCUUCCUCCACACACUCUUCAAACCUAUCCUCCCAACUUUCCUCUUCCUCCUCGAAUACUCUGCCGAUUUCUGCUUUUCCUUCCCGGUUUCCCUCUCUUUUUUUCUAGUUUCCCCUUCAUUUUCCUCUUUAGCUAUCCCUCUCCUCCUGGGCCUCCUCUUGGAUCUUGCUUUGAUCGGCCUCAUCAAACUGACCUUCCGCCGUGCCCGUCCUCAUUACAACCCAAACAUGUCCCCCGCUGCUCACGCCGACAACUUCUCUUUCCCAAGUGGCCACGCUUCCCGGGUUUUAUUUUUAGCUACUCUAUUAUAUCUUAUUGUUCAACACAACGAGGAUCUCGUUUUGGAUUUUAUUCAACGGUGGAUUAAAUUUGAACCCAGGUUUGUUAUGUCAGGCGUAUGGGUUUGGGCCGUAGUGACUGCUACUUCUAGGGUUUUGCUUGGAAGGCAUUUCUUUUUCGACGUUUUGGCCUAGGGAGAUUGUUGGGGUGCUUGAAGGGAUUGUUGCGUAUCGAUUUUUGAGGUUUUAGGAAGCACUCUCAAAGGUAUGGAAUUGAGUUAUGUUGCUAAAGCUUCUACUUUUUUUGCACUAGGGAUUUAUUUGCUUUGUAGUAAUUGAUAUCAAAGUUGUUGAUAAUUCAAAUUCAAACUAUGUAUUUUAAGCUAAUCGGUUAUCACUUUAU